AUGUCGAAGCCGGCGAGUGUGGCCGCGCCGCGAGCGGGCGUGGCCGGCGCGCCGCGCGUGCUGGUGUACGUGGCGGAGGCACGCCAGCUAGAGCCGGCCGCCGCGGGCCCCGACCCGCCGCACUCCCAUCCGCUUGACACCCUCUACGACAAUGUGCAACUCAACAACCAACUCUACAGACAGAUCGAACACGAACGGAGCACCCCUACUGUUUACUACAAGCCUUUCGACUCUGAAACCGACAAUCGAGAGGAGUACUUCCAACAGCCUUUUGCGAAAGACAGCUUAAGGAGUGAAGACAACAAAAACGAUAGGCAAGUGACCAAGAGGGACUCUGAAAACCCUGAGUGGAGUAACAUAGAUUCCUAUGUUAGGUUACCGUUGCAGUCAGAGUUGGGGUAUCAAGCGAGAUGCCCUCCAGAUAACAUGCCAAUGUUACCAGUGCACAAUCAGAGCCAGUUUGAUAGUGCAGUGCAAAGUGAUGAUGGAACCAAUGAUUCGGUUUCGGUGGGGAAAUUUGUGAACUACCAAUUGUUAGAACAGAGUGUGUCUCAUCAGUCAAUUGUGAAUCAAAGUAUAAAUAUACUUAAUCAGCAGAUUGGUGUGAGUAGAUCAAUAGUUAGUGAGGGUGAAGCGCCUCAGCUUGUUAGGACAGCUGAUGGUGUGGUGUUGGCAGUCCUGCCAUCAUCAGUUUUGCCGCACGAGACUUCUGACUUAAGAGUGCAAAGUGAAUUUCCACAAACUAUAACUGUGCCACUCGGCUGGAGAAGAAUAGUGAACGGGUCUUCUGUACUCUACAUUAGCCCCAGUGGAACGGCGUUGAGUAACCUCACGCAGCUCCGGGAGUACUUGCAAACGACCGGCACUUGUAAGUGCGGUCUGCCGUGCCCGUUGAGACCGGAGACUGCCUUUAGUUUCGACCCCAAGGUGGUAAGCAAGCCAUACCAAGUGGCAGCCGGCGCGGAGUUGACCAAGCUGUGUAAUCACAAGCGGAAACUAUUGGCAUCUCUGCAAUCGCGCGUUCAGUCGCCGGUCACGCCGCCGCCACAGACAAUCGAUCAAAAGAAAGUAGCUGUCCCAGAGGCUACAAAGAAAAAAAUGAAGAAACGACCGGGUUUCAUUCCAACUGUGAGCGUUUCACAAAUGAUGGUUCAAAGGGAAAGACCCCUCAAUGAGCUCAAGUCUGAAAAUGACCAAAAACGGACAUCAUCGCCCGGAUCUAUGACUCAACGGUCAGGCAAUAUGCAGCCUUGUUUGCCUUAUUCUCAACAAAAUAUGCUGAAUGUUCAAGAUGAUGUUAAACAAGAAACUCUUGUUCAAAGAAGCUCACAUUAUCUCACAGUUAGCAGUGGCUGGAUCACUCAAAACCCAGACAACAUUGAAUCCGGACAAAAACAUAACAAACAAAUGUCGGGUCUAAACAAUGCUUUAAAUGUGGGGUUACCAGUGCUUGGGACUAAUGGACAAGUCAUUGGGGUUAAUACAGGAUACAAUAAACAAGUUGCUAAUUUGAAGAAUGCCAUAAGUGCGGCUCAGCAAAAUAUGAUGGAAGCUGGACAUAAGGAAGAAGAAAAAGAUAUGCAAAUAAUGAAACAGGUGCCUAAAGAAGAAGAAUCACAAAUAUUCUGUGGUUUAAAUCAACCACUCACGCCAGAAGUGAUGCAAAAGAUAAAUGAACAACAGCAAAUAUUUAUUCAAAGAAAUCAAAAGCAGAUAGAAGUUAUGAAAGGUUAUAAAACACAAAUGGCGGAUAACUUAAAUCAAAAUAAACCAAUACAAAGUCAAUACGUUCCUCAGGGUCAACUAGUCAUACAAAAUGGAACUGUCGUUAAAACUAAUUCUGCUAAGACUCCACCAUGGCAAGUUAAAAGAAAUGAUUCUAAUCCCUCCCUCACUUGUCCGAGUCCUAAAUUGCAAAAAAUUGAAAAUGUUGAGUAUGAUGAUACAAAUAUAAAUACUAUAGAAGAAACGUCACCAGGGAAUUCUUUCUCGAAUAACGAGCAAAUAAUGAACCAAGGCAUGUGCUCUCGAGUGCCGCCUUUGCCUCAACAUUAUAACAUGAUGAGUCAACAAUGGCCGAGCGUUGAUUUAAACAAGAAGAGAACUAAAGGCAACAACAAAACUCCAAAGAAAAAAUCUGCUGCCACUGAUAACAAGACAAUAUUAUUCGGGAAUAAUGGUAUACGGCAAUUACAGGAUCCGAAAGGUAAACAGGAGGAGGUCGUUAGAAAUACAGUACCGUCGUUUAUGGACGACCCCAAUGGAUACUUAGCGCAGCAAACAGUUUUAUUAAAUAAUACUAUUUCGAGACAAGUAGGUAUCAACGCUCCAUAUGAAGUCAAUCAAUAUGAGAACACAAACAAUUCGUACAAUACUCAGAGUCAAGGCGAUAAGAAUAAGCCCGUAACAAAAUCCGGAGAUCAAAUGAAUGUUUUUAGGCAUAAUGUUGUCCCAAAUUCUUCGCCAUCACCCAAUAAUACUCCAGAUAGUAGUUUAAUUCCCGAAAAAUGCACUGAAAAUGCGCUUACGCCAUGUUGUAAGGGAUGCAACGUUCCUUAUAAAGGACACUGCUCUGAAACAUCAGAAAACCAAAUGCGCAAUAAAUUUAUGAAACAUGCUAAUGUUUACGGGAUUGAAUUGGAUAGCGGGGUGGCAACAACCUCUAGUCCUAAACAUGCAUUUGAUGAUAACCCCGUUACGUCUUCAACGUUUAUGGAGAGGAUGAUGGGAGAUAAUUGCGGGCCGAUUCAAGCUGGCGUCGUGAGUACAAGUAAUGUCUCACCAAAUGAAACAUUACAGCCUCCAGAACCUUCGCCAACCUUAUCAAAUAGCUCUCGAAGCACAGAUACGCCUCAUAGCAGUAAUUCGUUACAAAACUGCAGUUUCCCGGUCCCUAGUCCAGCGUAUUCGAAUCCAGGAUCGAGAGACAAUUUCAAUAGUAACCCUCCGACGCCGGGUAGUAAUCACACAUAUCCUUACAACUCGCCAGGACCACCUAAUCAGUCGAUUUCUGGCAACCAAGUGAUGCAUUUCAUAUCAAAUCAUAAUGUUAAUAAAAAUCUCAUGGAAGUGGAUAACAUAUCAAUGGUGGGCGUGAAGCCAAAAUUAAGAAAUCAAGAGUUUAGAUUGGAGUCAAAGAAGAGAAUGGAAAAUUCUAUGCCUGGAUAUUGCCCACCGCCGCAUUUGGGCGGUGGUCCGGCUCAUUCUCUGAUACAAGCGUGCUACAUACAAACAUUCGUUACUACUAUGGCGAGUGGAUUUUCAGUAACUCGAGAUACAGUUACGUCUGUUCUUGCAGGAAAAGCUAACACUGCGACUACAUCUAUCAAUGCAUCUCAAGCAAACUUCAUAAGACCACCACCGCCACCUAGCGUUAAUUUGGCAACAACUUACGCUAUUCCGAAUAAUCAGCCUGAUCCUUUUAUAAAUUCUGUCAAUUUGCCCACAAGUUAUCCAUUACAUAUUGCAGGUACAACCGCUCAGAAUAUGAUUACGAAGUCGCCUCUUGAAAUGGUGCAAAAUGUCAUAAGCAGUCUGCCCAAACCAGAAACGAGCAAUUCGCAAUCUACAUCAAUAGCUCAAAGGAGGUCAUGCUCCAACACGUCCGGGCAAAUACUAAUUUCAUCGACAGGCCAAAUAAUUGUAUCUAACAAUCAAAUGCCGCCGCCGCCCCCGAAAAAUACUACUGCAAUGUCCCCAAUGGGAUCAAAUACUGUGACCAAUACAUCAGUAGCUCAAGUCGUGCCGGCUGGAGGAGGAGGAGUCCAGCCAAUGGUAAACCAACAGACGGUUGUUGUAAACACAUUGCAAACUCCCUUUGUAAUUCAACCGCCGAUGAUGGCUGUCGACGGGCAAGUAGUACAGCAAAAUACAGUUUUACCACAGAUAGUCACGGGUGGAAUAGUUUCAGGACAGUCCAAUGAAAAUCAGAGACAAAUGGAGGUCAAAAAUGGUCAAAGUUUCGUCCAAGGCGUCGCAAUGCUAUCGCCAGAAAGCCUCAAAAAGAGGAGCAAGAAAAAGAAGAAUCAAACGGCAAAUAUUACAAAUGUUUUACAAAUAACAGCGCCUCAAACGAAUCCUAAUAACUUGAUGGUACAUCACACGUCACCACAACAUAAUUCUAGUCCACAAUUCUCGCCACGAGGCUUUCAAUUGUCGCCUACUAAUAAUAUAUCGCCAACUCCAAUGUUACAGGCGUUAACUAUAGUGCCCGGAAAGUCCGGGACUCCCGCCCAUAUAGUGAUGAACGGACAAGGAAACGCAAAUAACUUUGGAUCACAACAGAUCAUCACAAAUACGUCACCAUCACAACAAAUAAACUUGUUACAGCCAGUCAACCUUAUAAAUAAUGCAAGCAAUGUUAUGUCCAACUUUCCAGCUUUUCAACAAUUUAUUUUACCGAAUCUAGGUGGCAUGGUCAUGACCGCUGAUGGAACAGCCUUAAUACAAGAUAAUUCAACGGGAAUGCCAAUGCAACUCCAGUUGCAAACGGUCAAUGGGCAGAACGUUUUAACUCCAGUACAAAAUCCCGGAUUAUUUACCGCUGGAACAAACAGUGGAGUAGUAAUUAGAGCCCAAAAUCAACAAGGGAAGAUAAUACAAUCGCAACAUAGUCCCGGCGCACAGUUCUUAUCUCCUAACAGUCAAGUUAUGGUCAAUAGUCCAAACUUUAACGGGCAGUUGAGUCCACUACUAGCUAACUUAAGUCCAACAAACGUAACUUUUAAUAGUCCACAAGUGAGAUCGGGAAACGUUCAAACCCAAGAGUUCAUACAGACUAACCAAAUGGGUCAGACUUUAAUGGUUCCUCUAUCCCCUAAACAUGCACCCAUAUCUGCAAAUACCAAUAGAACAAAUUCCACUUUCGUACAAAACACGACAAUCGUCCAACAACAAACAACUCUAGUGUCUAACUCUCACAACACUCAGGUAUCGUUACAAAGUGGCAACUCCCGUCUAAGCAUAGACCCAAACGUGCUUUUAAACCAGAAAAUACCAAAAAGAUUGACCGCAGGAGAAUCUAGUCAAGAUGACAAAUCGUUUGAUGAUAAAGAUGAAGGUUAUGGACGUUUGAUCCAAGAGUUAGGGGAUGGUGUAAGACAUUCAGUCUCGACCCAGACGUUAGGACAACGUGGGAACAAGUCACCAAAUACGAUCGGUGGAUCGCCACCAGAUACAACAACUCAUAGUCCGUUAGGUGCGUUGGAUUCCAGUCCAAGAAUAUAUGCGACACAUUCAAAUUACGCAGACACAACAACUAAGUCGCCUGAACCCGCGGAUUUGCACUCUUCGGCAAUGGUGCAGUGUGUAUCGAGUAGCGAACAAGACAUGGCGGAGUCGGAACGCGCGUGGCCCACAAGGGACAUCAGCUCUGAUUCUGACUCGCAAAACAUGAUGUCAAAUAUACAACUGAUGCGUCUAAAUCGUGCUCACAAUUCAGUUGAGUCCAGCGAAAUUCAAUACAAUCAAAGUAUGACGUCGAACAAUCAACACGUAUUACCAAUGACCUCCAACAUAUACGAUAGACCACAUACCUACAAGAGAAAGAACGAUUUCGGAGACGGUUCUACAUACAGAAACGAUAAAAUUAUGAGAACAAAUUACAACAUGGUACAUGGUUUGCCAAAAGAUUACGAAAAUUUGGGCAUGACUCAAGAAAAGCAAGCCCGUCGUUUCUCUAGUUCGGGAAGUACUGAAAGUCAUGUUCAGAAGUACGAUCGACUAAACUCCGGCGACGAUUCGAAGAGUGAAGACGAAUCCGAAGAUAAAUCGGACAACAAAUCGAUUCGGAAAUUCUCAAUCGGGGAUCUCGUAUGGGGUCCAGUGAAGGGGUACUCGUCAUGGCCGGGGAAAUUGGAAAAUAAAGUUUCGGAGAGUAAAUGGAGUGUAAGAUGGUUCGGAGAUAGGAUACCGAGUGAAGUGGAACAUUCUAGACUGUUGACGCUCUGUGAAGGACUCGAAGCGCACCACGCGGCCAGAAUGAGGCAUAGGAAGAGCAGAAAAUUAAAUACGCUUUUGGAAAAUGCUAUUCAAGAAGCAAUGGCGGAAUUGGACAAGAAAACGGAAAACAGAGAUAAAUCCGAAGACGAUGGCGUCCCGACGGAUAUAAUAGAAACACCCAGACGCAAAACUAAAAUUAAAAAACACAGAAAAAAUGCGGCCAAAGUCGACGGAACUCGCUUGAGAAGUUCCCGA